UCUACAUGAAAGAUAAACAGAAAAAGGUGAUUAAUAGGAUAAUGAGUAUCAGGGAUCAUUCCAUUUCUGUACCCACUUGUUCUCUGCAGGGCUGUAGGGGUCCAGAGUUCACAGGUGGGAAUUACCUAGGAUGGGGUGCCAAACCAAUAUAAGGCACACACACCAUUCUGCAACUCCAAUUCAGCAGGAAUAGCUGGAGGUACCCCCACAAUGCUAUAGGCAUGAAGUUAAGGCAGAGACUCGGGUGCCGGUCCCAGAGACCAAAGCAACAGUGCAAACCACAAUUUUUAAAUAAAUUUAUUUGUUUUUCCCCAUUUUUUGCAUGCACAAACAAUCUAAUACAUAGCAUGUAACAGUACCAUUACUCACGAAACUCAUGAAUCACCACUAUACUAGCUGUCCAUUCAGAGGUCAUCCGCAGCACUGGACUGACGCAAUAAUUAAACUACUGCUAGUCUAAAAUACAUUCACUCUGCUAUUUGUGUAAUAGAACCUAAACUGCACGUGAUUUAUACUGACUUAAAGGUUUCCAAUGUAUUCGAUUAUAAAAAAUACAUUAUUGCAGAACGGUAUAUGUCAAUAUAACUUCUAAAUGACAAUAAACAUAUCAUCUCUCACAAAUUAAUAUACAUUUUUUAUGUAAAAAUAGUAAAUGUAUACCCAUUACAGAUAGAUGUGUGUAUGUCUACAUACAUCUCAUUUUCUAAAAAGGCUACUGAAGGAUCAGCUUUGAUGCGCAUUACGUUAAGUCCUGUAAUCGAUCACCGAGUCCGCCACGGUGCAGUGCGUCGCGGAUGAUCUGUUUCUCUGCGUUAGACCAACUUCCCAGAAAAGCCGCUCGGUCCGCUCGCCUGCCUCCGAAGAUGGAGGAAGUAAGCUAGGGAUUAACUGCCACCGCUGCGGUCGCGCUACCCUGCAAUGUAGGCUAUGCCAGGCUAUGCAAGAAAUCUGGAGGAAAACCGUUUGUGCAAUGCCUGGCCACCGUGACACUUCGGGAUAUCUUCAUAUCACGUCCUGUUAAGGUAACGCCGUAUAAUCGAAGUAUCUAAAUAAUGCACGGGAGAAUAAUAUACUGUAAUAAUUGCGACGGCCGCUCGGCACCGAAGCGACGUCGAACUGCCAAAUAACACCAUACGCUGUGGUUUUACCUCUGCAGAGAGGGCUGCGCCUCUGCAUUUGCCGAAUGACAGCUCGUAACAGGCGAUCGGAUCACUUGUUGCUCAACUGCAUGGACGAUAGCAGAGAAGUUGUGACAUGUGGGGAUCCCUGCAAUGUGCCGGCUUCUCCUGAGCCCUUCAGAUCUCUGACCGGUUACUAUAAGAGAUCCAUUACUCAGUAUAAAUACUGCCAGGUGUAGCUGCAGUAACGUUUUUAAAUUGUACACGCACACACACACCCGGCAUCCCGAAUUAAAACAUCAGACUGGGUCAAUAAUGAAGUUAAGAUGAGUCAAUGAGUCAAGAAUAAAGAAGUAUGCGCUAUUAAUCCCAGAGGAAGAUUUGUAUGAAAAUGAUUACUUAUAGGCUCACGUUGUACCUGGUCUCAUGUGGAUCACCGCGCAACUCUUAACUCCUUAGGCUCGGACAAAGUAACACCGGGCUGCUCCCUCUGCCAAUUCCUUAAGAAAACCGGUGCAUCCAGUUUUCCGUCUCUUUCUUCUAAUAUUUUUUUCUUUAGCUGAGCGCGAUCACCGGCGUCUUCUCUCGAUCCAUUGGUCACAGUUAGUUAGUCGGUCGGUUGGUUGGUUAGUUGGUUAGCGGGCGGUGUCGUCAUUUGUGUGUGAAAAGGCGAAGGGAAAGCAGCCCUCCGCAGGUGCGGGGGGUCGCCUUAAGUGGAAAAGUUGACGGGCUGGUUUUACUCUGGAGGAAGUCAGGCAGCAAGCGCUCUUCAGAACGGGGCCGUCCCUUGAAGUCUCUCAAAAAGCGGUGGAAAAACGACACAAGCCCGUGGCCCCUACUAUGGAGACCGAGUCAACGGAUGGGUACCUCGAUAGCAACGGAAACUGCUCUCCUGGGAAGGAGAAGUCGAGGAUGCUGGCGGAGCUGACGGCAGGCACGCCAAACGGACAGCAUACACACCUCCCGGGCUCCCCCAUCUCACACAGAAUCAAACAGGAGGAAGGGACAGAGGAACAGAGUGACAAAAAAACAGCAGACCUGGAGGAGACCACCCAAAGUGGGGAAGAAGGAUGCGAAUUGGAGGAACCAGUGACGGACAGCCCCAAUCACCUACCAGACGGGGGCACGGGGUCAGAUGGGCCGAGUGAUGGGGGGAUCCGAUUGCCCAAUGGUGACAGACCCUUCCAGUGUGGCCAGUGUGGUGUGUCCUUCACGCAGAAGGGGAACCUUCUGCGUCACAUCAAGCUGCACACCGGCGAGAAGCCCUUCAAAUGUCCCUUCUGUAGCUACGCAUGCCGCCGCCGCGAUGCCCUGACAGGCCACCUGCGUACGCACUCUGUGGGUAAACCGCAUAAGUGUAACUAUUGUGGGCGGAGCUACAAGCAGCGAGCGUCAUUGGAAGAACACAAGGAGCGCUGUCACAACUACCUACAGGGCAUGAGCAUGGACCCCUCCUCCAACUUGGGACCCCACCAAGGGGAUGUCCGGAGUGACCCCAAGCUCUUAAUGGACCCCCACCCGAUGGUGGCAUUCGACAGGCCCCCAGUGAUCGAGAGGCUCCAGGGCAACGUAGGCAAGAGGAAGAGUACCACACCACAGAAGUUUGUGGGUGAGAAGCAGAUGCGCUACAGUUACCCUGAGCUUGGCUACGAAAUGGGCCUGAAGGAGGUGGAGGUCAUGCAGGGCCAUGUGAUGGAUCAGGCCAUCAGCAACGCCAUCUCCUACCUAGGGGCCGACUCGCUGCGGCCCCUGGUGCACCCCCCGCCGCUGGCCAUGGCUGAGGGCAUGCCCAUGGUGGCCCCACUCUUCUACCCCAUGGGGCCUCGCAUCGAGCGGCCCAGUAGCCGCGAGGCCCCGCCCCCGCCACCCCCUCCUGCCGAUUUGUCUUCAUCUCCCAAUGGGCCCCUCUGCCUCACACGCCGCAGGGUGCCCCUGGCAGCCCGGGAGGAAUCGCCCAGUAACAGCUGCUUGGACUCGGCUGACUCGGAGCGCAGCAGCCCGCAGGACAGGCCAGGGGGUCUCCUGAGCCAUGCCCCCUGCCCCAGGUCCAGCCCCUCCUGCCGUAAGGAUGAUGGCCGAGGGGCAGAGCCGCGAGGCCCAGAACCAGCUGAGGCGCCGCAGGCCGGCAUGGCCGCGUUUAGUCGCACUAUGUCUAGGGAGGCUUACCGUGUCUUCACCCGCGAUGGCCAAGAAGUACGGGCCUUCCGCUGCGAGCACUGUCGGGUUCUCUUCCUGGACCACGUCAUGUACACCAUCCACAUGGGUUGCCAUGGCUACAGAGACCCACUGGAGUGCAACAUAUGUGGCUGCCGUAGCCAGGACCGCUACGAAUUCUCCUCACAUAUUAUCCGCGGAGAGCACACCUUCCACUAGGGGGGAACCCUUGCUCGUGUCCAGCAGGUCUCCCUGGCGGAGACCAUGCUAGUUAUCCGCGCCUUGGACACACCUGUAUGAUACAGGCUAUGUUACAUGAACCAAAUACACAUAAUCUUGGGUCCAAAAGGACAGUAAUCUGUUUCCCAUGUGUAGCCAUUUGAGAUUGUAUGACUGGAAUAAUUGAAGUGAGUUGUGGUGCGUUGUACUGGUAUGAUUCACAACCCCUUUCUGAGCACUGUUGUCUUUUGUUGUAUUUGAAGUUUUAAUUUUAGCGAAGCAGCUAUUCAUGGGGACUCUUCCGUAAAUACCCGUGAACUCCUCUCUCCAGGACAGGCUCUGCAUGUGCUGCCAUUACUGACCAGUUUACAUCUAGUGGAGCUUCCGGAUCAUUCCUGCAUUGGCCUUCCAUAUUUCAUUGCCAUCCACUUGCACCCUUAGACGGUUCGCUGAAAUAUUACAAGGUCAUGCCCUUUGAGACAAAACAAUGAAGUGUACUUAGAGUUUCGCUAUUGCCGUUCCAAAACAAUUUAUUCCCCUCAGUGUGGAACCAAACCUUCCUUCGUGUCGUGCUGUGAUUAGGCCUUACAAGUGCCCAAGGAAGUGAUAUAGUCAUUUCCUGUGUACACCAGCAAAGUCAAUCUCUACUGUCUGUUUUCUAUAAUGUUUUGUUAGUUUAUCUGUGACAUUAUGUAUUACCCACUGGGAUAGUAGUGCCUAAAGUCAAAUGGCGAAUGUAAGCGCUAUAAACCAGCACUUUUCACAGCCUUCAUGGCGUGAUAUGGAUUUAGAAACCUUUCGCACAUCUGUUUAUGUGUCACAAAAGCUGAAACAGUGCCACGCCACAACGUCGAAAACAGAAAUCUCUGUCCAACUUACAUCUUCAACCUGGUUCUCUCAGCACCUACUGUAAGAGUGAGAUUCUCUGUAACCGGUCUUGCAGGCCAGCUUCCUUGUCUAUCUGUGCAGUGUAAACACCCUGCCAUCUUGUGCUGAACAUAUUUCAGACAUCUAGUAAUUCUUGCAGUUAAUAUUUCUUCAGUUGAUUUAUGUUGGCCCAAUGGUUCCAAUGUAACGAUCAUGUUUUUUUUUUUUUUUUUUCCCUUCCCUCAUGUGACAUUUGCUGUUGGGUUGUAAGCCAGUGGUUGAUCGGCUACUUUUGUUAGGCAAUCACAUGCCAGUUUUGCAGAAUUCUCAUGCAUUGUCCCAGUGCUUGUCCAUUUUGAAGGAAUCACUGAGAAUACCUCAGGUGAGAUCCCCAACGAUCGCACGGCUCGGGGGAUAUUCACUUACUAGUGCUGUAGCCGUUGGAGAUCGCCGUAGCCUUUAUCCUCCCCUGUGAAUCAUCUGAAAUGGUGGACCGAUAGAUGAAGUAUUAUGAUUCCAUUGUGCCAACAGCCAGAUUCAUUCUGCUUCUUAAGUGGCAAACUCAUAUCCAGGUCAAAUCGUCCGGGAUUCCUUACCUAACCCUAUUUAUCUGCUUUACUUUUCCUCAGCCAUUUUCGCCAAAGAUGUUUUUUUUCAGGGUUUAACUGGAUUUUCUCUUGUUGCAUGUUCUGGAAGUAUAUUACAGAAACUAAAAGUUCUGUAUUUAAGAUAUUUUAGCAUAAUGGGAAGUUAUAUAUCUUGGGGUCUGAAGCAGUUUUUUUGUGAUAAGUUAAGGCCUUAUUAAAUUUUUAUUUAUUUUUCUUUUUUCUUAUAGGAUGGUGUGAAGUAUAUUUUUUGGGUUGUUCGUAAUUAUAAUAGCGUAUUAUUAAAACAUAAGACUGUUUGCACAGUCUGUUUGCUGAGCCUAUAUAACUGCUUAUUGAGAAGCGAAAAGGUUGUGUUUUUUUGUUACCAAUGUGCUUUUUCUUUUGUAAAAUGCUCCCGAGUUUGCCCGGUGCAAUCAGUGAAGUAAUAGUUUUGUACCACAUGAGAAUGUGUGACUCAAGCAGGUUUCCACAAGAACUCCGAAAAUGCAGCACAAACACUGGGGCUUCAGCUGUUUAAUGUCUGUGGUUAUUGUUUCGUCCCUGUAAAGAUACCUAGACCUUUGUGCCUCCCGGGUUCAGCGUAGACUAUGGAGGUAGCUGAUCCUCACCGUUCUCUGCUGCUUGAAGGAAGACCUCCAAUGUGUGCGUGAAAAUGGUCGCCACUCGACAUGAGCGGAUAUCAUUCGUUCUUUUUACUGGGCAGCUUUUUUCUGGCAUAUUUUAUUUAUUUUUUUCGUACAGAUUUUUUUUCUUUAGAUGUAGUAAUGAGCCACAGAAUGAAACAAAAAAAAAUGCCUACAGUUCAAAUGAAAUUCAGAGUCUAUCUGGAAAGAGUUUGUAUUUCGUUAAGGUCGAUUUGCUUUAUGUUGAGAUAUUCCAUAGAUUUUUUUUUCUCUCAAGUUUUUAGCUGGUAGGUCUGCAUGUGUAAUGCAGUAGACAUCCAUAUUUAAGGGAGCAGCAAUGGUGUGUAUAUGUGAAAUACCAAGACAUCAUAUCGCAGGUUAGACUCCUGAAGCCUUUGCAGUGAGGGGCACCCGUUUGCUACCAGCACCCCCCCCCCCUACCAUGAGCCACUUAUAGUCUUUCACAAUACAGUUUGAAAAUUCAUGUUCAUGUCGCAUGACUCAAAAAUAAUGGAGACCAAGAAAAUGAAGUGAGCCCAUUGAAAUCCAGAUGUGCGUUUUUAAUGACAAGUGACAAUUAAGGGUUUUGUCCAAAUAGGUACAAAUUCACUUGCAAGAAAAAUGAUUAAAUAGACAUAGCGAAGGACAUUAGCCAAGGGCUUACAAUAUAUUCAUUUUUUAUUUUUAAAUCCCGAAGUAGACAGGUUGCUAAAGAAGUGACUGUGUUGUCCUGUCCAGUUAGAAGUCUAAUGUGUUUGUAAACUUGUGAAAUCCCUGUUCACAUUGAAAACGAGGAAUUUGAACGUUUUGUGUAAAUAUGUGUGCCGAAUUUGAUGAACACAAAAACGUGUUCUUAUUUUAAGUCUUGAAAGUUGAUUAUACUUGAAGAGGAACCCUAGCACGGGAUUUAAGAGAGCAUUUAACUUUAAGUGCAAUGGACGAAUCUUUUUAAAAAAUAAAGUGUAAAUAAUUUUUCAAAAAGAAAAAAAAAUGGAUUUUAACUACUGCUGAAUGGAAAACUGGCAAAGGAAAUUUGCAGUGUAUUUUUGUAAAAUACAUAAUAUAUGAAUUGUAUACAUUUUGUACUGAAUAUGAUGGCUUUAUACUGUUCUAACUUUGGCUCAGAGUUCAGUGGAAAUAAAUAUAGGGAUCUCAGGUACUUUUGUCUGCAGUGUAUUUCUCAAUUUACUGCUGAAAUAUUUGUAAUAAAAAAAUAAAGAUGUGCUAAAGAAAAUAAAACUUAACUUUAAAAAUUAUUUGUGGUUUGGCACACACAAGCUACACCCAAAGCCCAGUAAAACCUUUCAGAACUUUACCGCCUUAUGUUGUACCAUGUGCAUUGUGUUGCGCCUUGUUUCAGAUGAAUUGCAAAUAAAUUUUCUCAGUGUUAAAAAUCAAA